AUGGUGUCGUGGUUCAAGAUGGAGGAGGCUGGCCGCGAGUGGCCCAGCAGCGUCGGCUCUUAUUCUGGCCAGGAGAUCCAGGGGCCCCUGGAGGUGGUGAGGCACUGGAGGCGGGGUGCGCCGAGGCCCGUCACGUACCUCCGGGGCUCCAACGCGACGAAGUUCAUCUUCGGCCAUGUGAUCCACGACACGUUCAGCAUCUGCUCGGCGAGCAGGUACGAGGCCGGGCAGCACGGUCGCGUCCUCCAGGGCAGCCGCACCAACUGGCUGCACGGCCACCACGCCGGCCGCGCGGGGGUCGCCUUCUACGAGAGGUGGAUGACGCCGCAGCGGGCUCACGGGGUGCCGCCUGGGGUCAAGUCGACCUCCCUCGACUGGAUCGUGAUGUGCGCCACCAACGCCGCGCGUCGCGCUUACGCCAACUCCACGAGUGUCGCCGUCGACGGACCUGCGCCAGACAGCGGCCACCAGUCGCUGGGGGUCAACGUGGGCGCGACGAUGCGCGGGGAGCUCACGGCGGCCGGCGACGUGCCGUCGGACUGGGCGGUCGCGGAGGUCAUCACGUGGAACCGAGAGCUCUCCGACCGGGAGAUGCUCGACGUGUCCGCGUACCUGCAGCGGAAGCUCGAGGGCAGGGGCGACGAGGGCAAGGCCGUGGGCCCGAAGCCUGCCCCAGAGGCCAGCGGGCAGUCCGGGAACGAGCUCGCGGACAUCAGGAAGCAAGACAAGCGGCUCAAGGACCGCGGGAGGCGCGAGAAGGCCAAGAUCAAGGGCCAGGGCUUCUUCCUCCGGAAGCAGGUGCUCUUCGAGCGGGCGAGGGACCGGGAGGGCUGCAGCACGUCGAGCCCCCAGGACUGCGACAACGAGACCUCGCGCGAGCUGGACGGGUACAUGGCCCUCGAGCCGGACGUCCUGGAGGCGGCCUACCUGAGGGAGAAGCACACCCUGGACGUCGUCAUGGCCGCUGAGCUCCAGCGCGCCAAGAAGGACCUGGCCGCGCGCGCCAGGGCCGCCAGGAAGAACCUGUCGGAGGCGGGCCGCAGGAUCUCCGAGCUCCCGUUCGCCGCCGACGGCCUGGCGGCCUGGUUCCGCAGCGAGGACGCCGCCGCCGCCUGGCCCAGCGCGGUUGGCACGCACGUGGGCCGCACCAUCAUGGGCGAGGUCACGGCGAGGCGCAUGAACGGGCCGCAGCGGCGCCACAUGCGGGCGCUGAGCGGCAGCCGCAUGGCCUCCUUCCGCUUCGGCCAGGUGCUGGCGGAGCGCUUCACCCUGUGCUCGGCCACCCGGUACUCGGGGAGCCACCGGCAGCGCAUACUCGUGGGCGAGCAGCACGACCUCGUCCACGGGCACUGGCGGAACUACGCGGGCGUGGCCUUCUACAGGGGCUGGGCCACGGACCCGAGGCCCGCGGAGCGCGAGGGCUACGACAAGUGGAUGGUGAUGUGUGGUACCAACGCGGCGCUCCGCCAGUACGUCAAUGGAGUCAACCACGCGGUCAACGCCACGUUCAGAGGAGGCAAUCAGUCCUUGGCGAUCAACUCUGGGAUCAUGCAGGGCGACGAGAGGUCGGACUGGGAGGCCGCGGAAAUCAUCGCUUGGGACCGCGCGCUCAGUGACGAGGAGAUGCUGCAGGCCUCCAAGUAUCUCUUGGGCAAGCUGCAGAGUGGAGCUAGCCAAAACGAGACAGUGCUCAGACGGCAGCUAGCGGAGUUCCGGGAAGUCGACGAGAACGUCGCCAAAAUCAUGGACGUUAUUGCGGCUUCGGAGCUUGAGGUGGAGAGCAAGAUUGAUGACAAGAGGAGACAGGUCUUGCGGAUGAGGAAGGCCUGGCUGCACCUGAAGAGGGCGCAAGUCUUGUGCAGCCCCUGGGACCUGAGCCUGUGCAGCCCAGACGAGGGCACCACCUUGCAGGAUGCCCUGAGCGCGCGGAUGGAGGAUUUGGUGAGCAACAUCGCUGCGAAAUUCGGGUCUGUCCGCGAGCUGCGCGCGCAUGUCGAGUGGCAGCGCCAGAACGCCCUCGUCAACGCGGAUUCGAUGGCCAGGACGAAGGCGCUGCUGGACGAGCCGUUUGAGAAGUAUUCGGUGGGCAGGCACUGCCCUCACAAGGGCAUGAAGAAGAAGUUCUACCUGUACACGGGGAUACCGAAGAUCCCGUGCCAGAGCCUGUGCCUGGAGACCCCGGCCUGCGUGUUCGCCACGUGGUUCAGUAGUGGUUUCUGCCAGCUCAGCAAGACGUGCUCCCCGGACGCGAGAGCGUCUGACCCCUCCGCCGUCACGAUCAAGAUCCCAUCCAGGCUCUCGCAGAACAAGAGCAAGCAGAAGGUGCAGGCGCAGAUGUCGAACUACAAGAGGCUGGAGGAGAACCUCGGCAAGCACAGGGAGGUCCAGAUGCGGCUCGAGUCUGACAUUGCCCAGGCGGUGCACCGACUGGAGACGCAGCAGGACAGCCUGGAGCUGCUCAACCUGGCCCGGUGGCGGCGGCUGGCUACCGAGCCGAAGCAGGCAUCGGCCAGGACUCUCCCGCAGUCGAAGCAGCCGCCAGCCAAGUCGAGCCCGCAGCCGCCAGCCAAGGCGCAUCCGCAGCCGAAGAAGCCGUUGGCCAAGGCGCAUCCGCAGCCGAAGCAACAGCCGGCCAAGACGCCCCCGCAGCCGAAGAAGCCGCCGGCCAAGGCGAGCCCGCAGCCGAAGCAGCUUCUCAAGGCGAGCCAGCAGUCGCCGGCCAAGACGAGCCCGCGGCCGCCUGAGGUGAGUGUGGGCGGUCGCCCGAAGGAGCUCUGA